AUGCACGAGGUUGGCAAUAAGGGUAGCAGUCUCAGUGGAGGACAGAGACAGCGUAUAGCUCUCGCUCGCGCUGUUUAUGCUCAGAACCCUAUUUUGUUUCUAGUCAAUCCUCUCAGUGGUGUAGAUCAUACAACAUCGAAGCAUAUCGUUCAGGCCCUGUUCCGUGAUGGAGGUCUACUCCGCAGUGGCAAUAUCACUGUGUUAAUCACCACCGAUUCUCGUGAGGUAAUCGCUCAUGGUGCCAUCGUCCGAAUAAAGGAUUGUUCCCGAGAUACGCCUGUUGCUAAUGGUUGUGGCCAUGAGGUUCAGGCAGGGUAUGAGGGCGGUCACAGUAUUGUUUUCAAAGAUGUUACUGUCGCCUAUGCACAGCCAAAACCUUCUUCUGAAGACACUGAGGACAGAUUGGAAGAAACAGGAGCUCUGAAUUAA